UAAGCGAUCAUUACCACAGUGACUUUAUUGCUCUUCAAGAGCUUUUCCUUUGUGUGACUGUCCAUAUAACGUACCUGCACGUACCUAGAGAUGGGAGGGGGGCAGUCCCAAGAAAGAGUGAUUGGUGUAGAGGAAGGUACUGGAGGUGGAGGGGAACCACAUAUAAUUGUUACCGAGGACUUUGUGAAACACAUCAGUGGAAAAAAUCAAGGUGGAAACACUUUAGAAGACGUAGCCCCAGAGGAACAUGGGAUCAUGAGUGAUAAUGAUAUGUUCACACAAAGUGCUAAAGAACUGUUGAUAGGGGAUGAUUACAACAGAGGGGAAGUGUACCUGUCUGAGGAGGAGGAUAGUCGGUGGAAAAGAAAGUUUUACUCGGAACUGCAAAAGAAUUCAAGCUUAAAGACAUUAAGUAGUGAGUCAUUCGAUACAGCUGUCAACGAAAUCAGAGAACAGUUUUCAACGAAGACAUCAAGUGAUAUGAUGCCCGUGUGUGACGACUGUAGAGACAAAGUAGACAACUGUUAUCAGAGGAAUGCCACCACGCCUUUGCUCUGCUCCAAUCUAGUCAGGGAGUACAUGCAGUGUGUGGAAAAACAUAGAAAGGGACUCUUACAAGUACCAAGUCAAGUUUGACAGCUUCAUCACAUUGGUCAAGAGCAUUAGAGCACACACUAUGAUUUGUUUGUAAGAGGCAUGCCUCCUUGUUUGUCCAAUUGAUAUGCAAGCGUACGUAUUACCAUCAACAUUGAUAUAGAAGCUUUAAGUGGGCAAAAUCCUUGUCCAUUGUGUAUCUUUAAA